AUGGGUCCCUGUAUGGAUUUCUUGAACUGGCUUGAACCUGACAUGUCAAUACAGGUCCUAACUUGUUUGGACGAUCCAACUGAUCUUGUUCGCAUUAGUUCUGUUUCCCGAUCUUGGCGUCAUUUUGUGAUAGAAAAUGGUCUUUGUAAGAAGCUGUGCUUGAGAUUGUUCCCUCAGCUAUCCAGAGUUGCUCAAGUGAUUGAAAUCAACAACCCUGACACAAAAGCAGAAGUUGGAUCUAGCAAUUCAAAGGAAUUGGAAACCUUGGAAAGGGAGCAUAGGGUCUAUGCAUUUUUAGCUGUUGGUUUUACAUCUUUCAAUGUUGGGGAUUCCAUUAAGAGGGCAUUAAGCGCAUCCAGCACUGACAAUUUUCCAGAAGAAAGCAUUCGCAAUACUCUAGAGCCAAGAGAUGUGGUGGGACGGAGAGCUUCGUACUGGUCGAGUAAAGGUCAAAGUGACCCUGCAGUGCCUGAGGUGCUGAUAUACAAGCUGGUGUCUGAUUUUGUUGUAAUUAAUGAAAUCAACAUACAGCCUUUCAAAGCUUAUUUCCAGCUCGGUGAACCCAUAUAUUCAGCCAAGGCUGUGCGUUUCCGAUUUGGGCAUGCCAAGUCCCCCAUGGAUGUAGAGAGUGAUCAAAUGGGUGAAUCAUUUCCUGACGACAAGUUUAUAUGGACCUACACUUCACAAGUGUUCCCAAUGACUCAGGAAAAUAUCUUGCAGACAUUCAAGCUUCCGGAACCAGUUCUUUGCAUAGGUGGAUUUUUGCAGAUUGAGCUUCUGGGUAGAGUUCAGAGACAAGAAAUGGAUGGCUUGUUUUAUAUAUGCGUGUCUCAUGUUAAAGCUAAGGGGAAGUCGUUAUCACCCGCAUUUGGUGUUGAAAUUCAUGAACCGUCUGGGCAGUUUGUGUUGAAGAACAACAUGCAAGCCAAGGGCAACAUCCAACCGAGCUUACCUGAGAAUGACUCCGAUGUAAACGCGGAUUUGGACUUGGAGAGGGAUAUCAGAGACAUGCUGCCAUUUGUCAAUAUGUUGCAAGGAAAUGGAGUGGAUUUUGAUGAAUUUGAAUGGAAUGACGCGGAAGAGGGAAUGGAUGAAGAGUUCGCGGAAGAGGGAAUGGAUGAAGAGUUCGUGGUUUAA